AGGACAGAUGUAAACAAAAUCAUGAAUUGGUCUUAGCGCGCGAGUUAGAUUACAAUUAUAAAAAAGUAUUUUAUCAAGAAGAAAAUGAGCGAAGAAAUAAACGUAAGAUUUGUAAUACCAAAAGAAUGUGUUUCUGAGGAUGACUGCUGCGAAGAAAUGAAACUUGCUUUCACAGCAUGUGAACCACACAUUGGCGGAGGCUUACAAGCGAGAUGGGUACAUGAAAAGAAUUUUACUGAAUUUAAUAAUUUAACUAAGAAAGAUGUUUUUGUUUUAUCUCAAUUUGACGGAGAAAUAUUUCAGAAGCUUAAGGCAACAAAAUGUCUAUUAGUGGGACCACGGUGCUUGUCAUGCUCAUUAAUAGAAGGGACACCAAUACCACAAGGUCCGGGGCCUGUCUUCACAAUUGCUAUGAGAGGUCUCAUUGUAACCGCUAGUGGACUUACUAAGACAAAAAAGGAAAAUAUACAACAAAAAGUUCACUGGAUGGGUGGCAUUUAUAAGCCAGAAUUGACUGAAAAUACAACACAUCUUGUGGCAGAUAAUGUUAUUUCGGACAAGUAUAUUCAAUCAGUAAAGAAAGGUAUACCAAUAAUGAAGGAAAGCUGGAUAGAAGCGGUAUGGUCAGCUUCACUUAAAUACAAUGUUAAUGGAGCCUCAACGGAUUUUAAUGAGCAUCGCUUGCCACCUUUCUACAAUCUUAAUGUGACAACAUCUGGUCUUAGUAGGAAAGAAAAGCAUUUGAUUACGACACUGGUCAAUGAUAAUGGAGGGAUUUUCUCUGGUGCUUUUCAAAGUGAGACCACCGAUGUCGUGGUACUCACCAAAGACAGUGUGGGUAGUGAGAAGUACAAAGCUGCGCUGGAGUAUGGCAAAGCUUGUGUGGUGCCCGCUUGGGUGAAGGACUCAGCGGCACGGGGGGUAGCCUUGCCCAUGGCCAAGUACAAAGUGCUCGGAGCCUCUACCUCAUCACCUUUAGCUGAGCACCGUUUGCCUGAUAUGAGUCUUAAUUUCUCCAGGAUAACAAAUUCUAGACCGCCCAGUAACUUUGUUGAUGAAACUAGAUCUGUUGAUUUGACAACAUUAUCGGGCAGAGGAAAGUUGUCUCAAGAAAGUAAAAGAUUGAGUGAUGUCGACAGGGAGAUUAUUUCAGAAUUUGAGAAAUUCGACAUGAGUUGUUUAAAAAAGGCUGGACCUAUUUUUGAUGGUUUUUGUAUCUGGGUAAGUGGUCUGGAGGGGUUGUGUCGGGAGCGCGCCGCCGCAUGCGUGUCGCGUUGCGGCGGCGUGCGGUACGACUGUGCGGGCGAGCGCGUCACGCACGCGGCUGCGGGCACGCGCGCUGCGGCUGCGGCGGCUGCGCGUGCGCUGCCCGCUGUACCGGUGCUCAGUGCGCUCUGGUUACUGCGCAGUGCUGAAGCCGGGAGAGCGCUGCCGGAGACUGAGUUUUUAAUGGAAUCUGAUCCAUCAACGCCGGUGAAGUCGAGUGCGCGUAAGCCGCCAGCGGAGGCCGCGUCGCCAAUGAGCAAGCGCAACUUGCAGCUGCUGCGUCUGCGCCCGCCCACACCGGAGCCCUGCCUCACCGCGAUGUCGCAGCCCCCGGAGCACCCGGAACACCCGGACCAACAAGAUGACAUCGUCAAUCAUUACUUGAGCCAAAAUGUACCUGAAGCAGUGAGAGAGAAGACGCCAGAAAGGGUGUCCAAUGCAACUUUGCAGCCCGGAAUACCUGAUAUCACCGAAGAUCUGCCGGAAGAUCCUACUGAAGAGAUAGAACAGAUAUUCAGAGGAGUGAAGCUGGAGGUGCAGGGUCUGGAGGAGGAGGCGGUGUGUGAGGUGGGCGCGGAGGUGUCGGCGGCGGGGGGAGUGCUGUGCGCGGCGGGGGCGGGCGGCGCCUACGUCCUCGUGCCACUCGACUUUGACCCCGACGAUCUUGUUACCACUACCGCUGAGCCGGUCACCGUAUUUUGGGUGAAAGACUGCCUCUGCCAACAAGAGCUGUUACCACUACAGUACUACCACAGGCCGGUGCGGGCGACGUGGCGAGGUACCCCGCUGGCGGGAGUCGUGGCCAGCAUCAGCACCUACAGUGGUGUAGAGCGAGCCUUCCUUGAUGAGCUCGCAAAACUGCUCGGAGCAACUACGCAGUUACGUUUCUGUCGACGUACAACCGCGAAUGCGCUCGCAUCAACUCACCUGAUAUGUCCGAGUGCGGCGGGAGACAAGUACGCGGGCGCGGUGAAGUGGCAGCUGCCCGCCGUCACCGCGCACUGGCUGCUGGCCUGCGCACGCGCCGGUACACGUCUCAGUGAACGACCAUAUCUAGUGGGAGACACUAAAGCUCCGCCAACACCAGAGCAUUCUCCGAUCAAGGAUCAAACGGAGGCAGAAGUGACAGUGACUGAGACAGGGGCGGGGCCGGCAGGGGCGGGGACAGACAAGGAGAACGAGAUGCUGCCCCCUGCCGGCUGUGAUGUGCCGCGCAGAAACUCCCUGCACAACAGAGAGGACACGCCUAAAACUAGACUAAAUGAUGGUGAUGUGAUGUCUCCAGCCUCCAGGUACAUAGCGAUGGCAAGACAAGGUCUCCUUGGCUGCGACUCACAAGAGACGCCAAAACGAUUGCAGAAACUGAGAGACGAAGCCAAAACAGGUGAAGAUGUAGUUCGCACCCCACCAUUGGACGACGCGUUGUCUUCUCCCAACCUGGCAGCGCUGAGCCCCACCACACGGCGGAGACUCCGCGCUGUGAGAUGUGGAGAGAUGCCCUCAGACCCCAUACGCACCCCCACAGACCCCUUUGAGAAGAACCCGGCGACUCCGGACAGUGGGUUCGGUGCGGCGCUUCGCCCCGGCUCAGGUCGUCUCUCGCCUGACUCCAGGAAGAGGCUGUGGAAGGUGGUCAAUGACUUGCCUUCCAAACCACAUCCACCUGCUAAAGAACAUACUCCACUAUCGGAGAUUCGUAAUCGUUUCCUGGCGCAGUUCAACUCUCAGACGGAGACUCCGCCUGCAGAACAUAUCGCAGCUCCCAGGAAAUUAAGGCUACAGGAUCAACCUGAAACACCGCCACCGAAGAUGCCUAAGUUGUUUAACGAUCAGACAGCGAGCAGUAUAAGCGCUGCGGAGAACGAGGAGAGUGUGAAGAGUGAGAGCAGCACCACAAGCUGCGCCACAAGCUGCGCCACAAGCUGCGCAGGCGCAUCAGGCAACAGGACGCCGCUGCCGGCCGCAGUGGACGCGCAGCUGCAGCGCUUGACUGCUGCACUAAACAGUCGCAGCUCGCAGAAACCCAAGCGCUCCAGGGACUCAGUCACUGUCACUCCACCUGUAGGUGUGGCGGAGGCUGAGCUGGAGCCGCUGUCUCAGCCCAACACUGUGGGUUGGGAUGAUGGAGCCACGCCCCCCAUCUCUCACACACAGAACACACCCAUUAUCAAGAGAUUUAUGCUCUCAUCUAAUGUUGAUAAUCGCGAGGAGAUAGCGUCAAUGAUCCAGUAUUUGGGCGGUGAGGUGAGUGAGUGUAGCGAGAUGGACGCUCGGGCGACUCACCUGCUGUGUGCAGCUCCAGGUCGCAGUGAGAAGAUGCUGGGCUGUGUGGCGGCUGGACGCUGGGUGUUGCAUCCCGCAUACGUAGCCCGCAGCCGCGCUGCAGGAAGAUUUCUGCAGGAGGAGGAGUUCGAGUGGGGUAACCCGAUAGCGAGUUGCUUACCCGCGGUAUCAGAUGCAGAGCGUUCGUUAGCGGCUGCAGCUCACCGCUGGAGGUCACGUCGAGCUGCUGGUGGACCUGGACCCUUCUCCGGUAUGGUGGCAUUGCUCCAUGUCACUGAUGCCAGAAGACGACUGCUGGCACGACUCAUACAGGCCGGUGAUGGACUGGCACCAGAUGAUCAGCCUCCAUACAAAAACGAGGAGGUGAACGUAUGUUUUGCUGAUGUGAAGCGAUACCCGCUGAGUGGAAGAGAUGCUGCGUGGCUAACAUCACGCCGUGUACCAAUCUGCCCCCCAGUGCUGCUCAGUUCAUAUCUCACUGAUGAAACUCCGCCUAACCCACAUGAACACUGUCUACCUGAAUAUAAACCUAAAUAGUUAUACAUAAGGUAUACUUUUGAAUGUAAACACUGUAUAGUAUUUUUUAAACAUUUUAACAGCUCGAAACAUCGCCUUAUUUUAGUCGUUUUUCACUUCACAAUAUUUUCUUAUUAGAAAAGGAUGGGAAGGGGAAAUAUCCACUUUCU